GGCUAGCUCUUUUCAUCUUCUACCUUCUUCAACAAGUAGAAAAGCCCAAAUCUAAUUGCAGGCAAAAAAACUAAACUAGAUCGGGACAAACUCACUAUAUCCACCAGAAAAGGCCUAGAGAAAAAACUAGAAAUAAGAUUUGCUGGACCAAUUAGCAGCUCAAUUAUGGUCCAAAGGAGAACCUAGCCCAAGUUCGAAGCCCAAAAAGGCCAACCCGGCCAAAACCCAUCUCCACCCCGUGCAGCAUGUAUGCCCGUGCAACGGCCACGACCCCGGUCGCCGCCCUUCGAGGAAACGUCACCUCCCAUCGCCGCCGCCAUCUAAGCAAACGAGUCUGGCUGCCCAUCAGGCCUGAGCCAACCGGGUAUGGGACACCAAACACACCCCGCCGUCUACUGCAUGCCAACGACGCCUCCACAACCUCCAACCAGCGUCCCCGGAACCCUGCCGCUACCAUCUUUGCCACCAACGAGGAUCGAAAACGGAUGAACGCCGGCCAAUCAAUGGAAGUGACAGGUCUAUUUGACAAGCAGGCAGAGAUAUACGUAAAAGGUCGGCCAACAUAUCCCAAGGAAUGGUAUUCUAUGCUGGCUGCUCUCACCCCACAACACUCUUUAGCUUGGGAUGUUGGCACUGGCAAUGGCCAAGCUACCGUUGGUCUUUUAGAGCAUUACGACCAAGUAGUUGCAAGUGACAUAAGUGACGCACAAUUGAAAUAUGCCAUCCAACACCCUCGAGUUCGAUACAUUCACACUCCAGCAUCAAUCUCAGACGAUGAAAUGGUAAACUUAAUAGGGGGUGGUCAAGAAAAUUCAGUUGAUUUGGUUACAGUGGCUGCUGCCAUUCACUGGUUUGAUCUCCCACGCUUCUACUCGCUUGUCAAACGCCUUCUGCGACAACCAGGAGGCAUAAUCGCUGUUUGGUGCUACAAUGGCAUGGUCGUAAGCCCCGACUUUGAUCUUGUAAUGAAGCGUUUACACGAAAGUUGUCUACCAUUUUGGGACCCGAGGACAAAGUACGCAUGGGGGGGUUAUACGACACUUCCUUUUCCAUUUGAGAGCGUUGGAUUGGGUCGUGAAGGUGAACCUAUCACACUUGAAAUACCAAAGGAAUUGUCAUUUCAGGGGUUUGAGAGGAUGUUGAGGUCUUUCUCUGCAGUCGCUACAGCUAAAGACCGGGGUGCGGAUUUGUUGUCUGAAGAUGUGAUUAAAGAGCUUCACAGAGCUUGGGGUGCGCAUGAUCUGGUUAGAACAGUUACAUACAAGGCAUUUAUGCUUGUGGGCAGAUUAUAAUCUUUAUGUAAUGCUUAUUAUAUCCAUGGAAUUGGGAACUAAAACGUGCUGUAUUUGUUUAUGCAAAUUAUAAUGUACGUUUGUGUUAUUAU